GAUUGAAGCUGAAGGCCUAACACUCCUAUAUUUAUUAAAGAAAGACUUAAUGAAAAUAAUCUUGCCGGAAAGCAAAGAAGACGGACAAAGAACCAUUACAAUAAGGACAGUGAAGUCUUUUCAGUUAAAAUUUAACUAGACAGUACAUAAGAGUACACGUUACACAUUUUUCACUUCAACCAUCUCGUUCUAUCCACCUCAAUCGCCAGUCAUUUUCCCAAACUGUAUUAUUCCUCAUUUAUUACCGCGAAGCCCCUUCACUUUCUCAUUAAUUACAUUCCUAUCCUCGUCUCUACAAAAAAUAACAUCGCUCACUGCUCCAUAAACUCACUUCCAAGCUCAGCGCUCUCCUUCACUCUCCACAAAUUUUGCAGAUCAACAAUGGCGGCAAAAGACCCACCGAUAUCUUUAGUCUCUCACUCCACCUUCUUUGUUUUGUGUCUUUGUUUCCAUCUUCUACAAGCUUCUUCGCCAAACCUAGAUUUGGAACCUUUGUUGAAGUUCAAAGCUUUAUCAGACGCAUCAAACAAUCUUGCAGACUGGAACUCAACAGCCAACGACGACCCUUGUAAUUUUACCGGUGUAUUCUGUUUCAAGAACAGAGUUUCUCGUCUUGUACUCGAAAAUCUUGGCUUAAAUGGCUCUUUCCAACCAUUAACAUCUCUCACUCAGCUUCGCGUCCUUAGUCUUAAAAGAAAUAACUUUUCUGGUCCAUUACCUGACCUCUCUAACCUCACUGCCUUGAAGCUUCUAUUUUUGUCUCAUAAUCAGUUUUCUGGUAACUUUCCAGGUUCUAUACAGUCUCUUUUCCGUCUUUACCGUUUGGAUCUAUCUUACAAUAACUUCUCCGGUAAUAUCCCAUUUUCCACGGUUAACCGUUUGACCCAUUUGUUAACUCUCCGGCUCGAAGAAAACCGGUUUAGUGGUCCUAUUGCUGGCUUAAAUAUCCCAACUUUGCAAGAUUUUAAUGUUUCAAGCAACGAACUUUCUGGUGAAAUACCCAAAUCUUUAUCAGGUCUUCCUGUUUCUGUUUUUGCUCAAAACGCUGGUCUUUGUGGAUCCCCAAUGCAGGUAUGUAAGGGUAGUGUAGUAACCGACCCAGCAAAACCCGGAUCUGAUGGUGCUAUUGCUUCUCCAUUAAUGCCUGUAGUAUCAUCAUCACCAAGCUCGAUACCUCCAAACAAAGCAACAAACACGACCCAUAACAAAACAACCAAAAUAGGCCGUUUAGCUAUAAUAGCCAUUGUACUUGGCGAUGUUUUAGUCUUAUCAGUAAUCUCUCUUCUUCUAUACUGCUACUUCUGGAGGAACUAUGCAGCUAAAAUGCGCGAAGGCAAGGGGUCAAAGCUACUAGAAACGGAGAAAAUAGUGUACUCGUCGAGUCCAUACCCCAACCAAGCAGGGUUCGAGCGGGGUCGGAUGGUGUUCUUCGAAGGGGUGAAAAAGUUCGAGCUGGAAGAUUUGUUAAGAGCAUCUGCGGAGAUGUUGGGGAAAGGUGGGUUCGGAACGGCAUAUAAGGCGGUGCUCGAUGACGGGAAUGUGGUGGCUGUUAAAAGACUGAAGGAUGCUAAUGUUGGAGGGAAGAGAGAGUUUGAGCAGCAUAUGGAGGUUUUAGGGAGAUUAAGGCAUCCGAAUUUGGUUAGCUUGAAAGCUUAUUAUUUUGCUAGAGAAGAGAAGCUUCUCGUCUAUGAUUACAUGCCUAAUGGUAGCUUGUUUUGGCUUCUUCACGGUAACCGAGGACCGGGAAGAACUCCACUAGACUGGACCACGAGGCUCAAAAUAGCAGCAGGAGCAGCCCGUGGGCUAGCCUUUAUUCACAACUCAUGCAAGUCUCUUAAGCUCACACAUGGUAACAUCAAAUCCACAAACAUCCUUUUGGACAAAUCAGGCAAUGCACGCGUCUCAGACUUUGGGCUCUCUCUCUUUGCAUCACCCACCAAUGCUGCCCCUAGACCCAAUGGUUACCGUGCCCCUGAAUUAUCAUCCGACGGUCGGAAACCAAAUCAGAAAUCUGAUGUGUACUCGUUUGGGGUGUUGCUACUUGAGUUAUUAACGGGGAAAUGCCCUUCUAUAAUGGACUGCGGUGGCCCCGGAAGUGGGUACGGUGGGGUCGUGGAUUUGCCUAGGUGGGUCCAGUCUGUUGUGAGAGAAGAAUGGACGGCUGAGGUUUUUGAUUUAGAGUUGAUGAGGUAUAAGGAUAUUGAGGAGGAGAUGGUGGGAGUGUUGCAGAUUGCUAUGGCGUGUACUGCAUCACCGCCUGAUCAACGGCCUAGAAUUAGCCACGUGGUUAAGAUGAUUGAGGAGAUGCGAGGAGUGGAAGUAUCGCCCUGUCAUGAAACAUACGACUCGGUUUCGGAUUCGCCUUGCGUGUCUGAGGACACGUGUGGAGCUAGCCAGUGAGUGAAAGAUUAUUUCUUGGCGUUUAUUUAAUUUUAUAAAGUACUGAGAUUAAGAAGGUUAGGUGUAAAUCAAGGGUUGCCUUUUUCUAUUUUUACUUUAGAGAUUCUUAACCAGAGUCUUUUUCUUUUCCUGUUAAAUGAGCAUUUGGCCUUAAUCAAAUCAUAUUCUUCUUCUUGCC